AUGGCCCCGGCAGCGGCUUCGGGUGGCAGCACCCUGCCCAGUGGCUUCUCGGUCUUCGUCACCUUUCCUGACUUGCUCUUCAUCUUUGAGUUUAUCUUUGGAGGUCUGGUGUGGAUCCUCAUCGCCUCCUCCCUGGUGCCAAUUGCCCUGAUCCAAGGCUGGGUGAUGUUUGUGUCUGUGUUCUGUUUCGUUGCCACCACUUCCCUGAUGGUCAUGUACAUAAUUGGUACUCAUGGCGGUGAGACUUCCUGGAUCACACUGGAUGCAGCCUACCACUGUGUGGCUGCCCUGUUUUACCUCAGUGCCUCAGUUCUGGAAGCUCUGGCCACCAUCAUGAUGUACGAAGGCUACACCUACAAGCAGUACCAUGAGAACAUCUCUGCAGUGGUGUUUGCCUACGUGGCCACUCUGCUCUACGUGGUCCAUGCCGUGUUUUCCUUAAUCAGAUGGAAGUCUUCAUAG